AUGUUACUUUUGCAGGUCUUCAGUAUUCAUGCACUUCAAAAUAUUACUGACGACCAAUAUGCAAGGAUGGGUGUUGCAAUUGGAGAGGAAAAAAAGAUAAAAUCAGCAAUAACUAAAGAAAAUGGAGAACAGAMAGCACAAAAAAAAAAGAGUAUCGUAAACAAAAUACGGGUAAAUGAAAAGAAAUCUGUGGCAAAAAAAUCUGUAGGCGCUGUGGCGAAAAGAUCCGUCAAAACAAGAAAAAUGUACGUGGGAUGGCUGCAUCGCUCAAGUGGUGGAGAAAAGUACAAACAAGUCAAGCAGCUGAAGGAUGGUGGCGCUGUACGAGAAAUUACAUACAGGGAAGAUGAAGAACUGACUCUCCAACAUAUAAAGGAUACAGCGAUCAAGUAUUUCUUUCCAGAAGGAAAAUGUAAAUAUGGGUCUUUGGCGGAAAUGGACAUAAAACUAGGAAACUAUGCACAAGAGCCGUUGUCGACAUUUCUAGACACAGCUGGAAACCCCUGUAGUUUUGAUGAAUAUCUAAAGUGCAGAGGACUCUAUUCAAGUAAGCUCACAUUGUAUUUAAUGUCCUCUACAAACGAAGAGAAUGACGAAGCAAUGCAAGUAGAAUUAUCGGAUACGCAAGAGCAAGAGCAAGAACUUGCAGAGGUGGAUCACGUUACGUUGGUUGAAGAUUGUCCUAUAUUGGUUAUGAAGAAAGGGAAUGAAAUCACUCCAUUCAGCAGCGCAAGCAAUCUUACUAUUGGCUACGAGAAAGAAACUUCUUCAUCCUACUCGGAAGAGCACAAAGAAUUCAGAGUAUCGUAA